AUCGCCAUGGCCAUUCUAAAGAGGUGUUGCUGUUGGAGGUCCGUGCGAAAGGGGAGUUUUGCCUCCGGAAUCUUCACCAUGUGCUUCUACUCCUUCCACGUGUGCACCUGCAUUCUUCAAUUCACUUUCAUGGACGACGUCAUAGGCAGAGAUAGUCCUACGUUCGUGUUCGUUCUUCUGUUGAUGCUGUUUUCUGGUCUCUCUGUGCUUGCUUCUCUGGUGAUGCUUAUUGGACUUUGUAUCGAUAACCGUUACCUCCUAUUACCUUGGGUUGUGUGCGUGGGGUUCACUACACUAUUGGAUGUGCUUCUCUCAUUUUGUAUCCUAGCUGACGCGCUCAAUGACCUGGUGACUAUAGUCUUCUUUGUAGCGGACUACAUCGUCUGUGCUCUAAACAUAUACUGCUUGCUGUGCGUCAUAUCGCAGUACCAGGAACUGAUGGUGGGCAGGGGAAGGACACAUACUGUUGCGGCUGUCCAGGAUCCGACAGCAGUGGGCUAUCACGAGGGGGGCGUACCAGAGCGAAACAAGAACAAACCAGGAGGCCAUUCUUCGGCCAUCGUGGUUGCUGCUGGUGGCAGUGCAAACUCUCAACCAUCGUUGGACAUGACGUCCACAACGGACCCAUGCAGCCUAAGAAGAGUGAGCGGCGAUGAUACUAAGGAUAGCUUCGACAAGUCAGCGACGACGACUCCACUCAUAGAGAUAUGAACGGACGGAGGACGAAAGGAGGCCUAACAUACAGCCCCGAUGCCAAGAAAAGCUGGCUGCAAUAUGGUUGCUCAAAUUUUAUACCAUGGACGCAGCUUGAGACUGCGGAAGAAGCGUUUCUAUUCGGCAUCGACU